ACAGAAAUAACAUUUCCAACUUUCUCAUAUCUCUCUCUCUGGUGGAAAUAAUAUCACAAACACUCCCUUCUAGCAAAUACGAGACUAUGGCAAAGUGAUCAUUAAUAAAGAAAGAAGAAAAUGAAAUAACAUUUCCAACUUUCUCAUCUCUCUGGUGGAAAUAAUAUCACAAACACUCCCUUCUAGCAAAUACGAGACGUACGUCAAAGUGAUCAUUAAUAAAGAAGAAAGAAGAAAAUGGUAGUAACUACUAUGCUGAACUACUACUUGUCUGUUAUCAUAAUUAUUGGAUCGUUGUUAAUGGCAAGAUCGUCAACAGUACUAGCUAUAGUUGCGAAACCUGGUUGUCCAGAAAAGUGUGGAGAUGUAACUAUUCCAUUCCCUUUCGGAAUUGGGUCAUCAUCAUCCAACAAUUGUUUUCUUAACAAAUGGUUCGAAAUCUCCUGCCGCAACUCUACUACGCCUUUCCUCGAUCAAACUCAACUACAGGUACUUAACAUUUCGUUAUAUGACAAACGGGUUCAGGUGAGAAGCCCCAUCAGUUUCUUCAACUGUGCAAAUAAGACAAGCAAAAGAUCAGCAAAUUUAACAGGAAGCCCCUUCUACUAUUCUUUUUACAAUCAGUUCAUUGCAAUAAGUUGUGGUGCUUUUGCCAAGUUGGAAAUAAGGAGUGGUAAGGAGGUCUACCAAAAUGGGUGCACAAGCAGCAGCUCCACCUGCUCAUCAUCAUUCAGUAGUAGUAAUAAUAUUGAUUUUAGUAAUUGCGACGAUGGCAUUAAAUGUUGUCGUACUUCUUUCAAAGGUGGUGACAACUUCAAAAUCUCUAUGGAUAAUGAUUCUAGUACGACUCUUGCAACAAAUCAUGAUAACGAAUAUUGCAAAUAUGCGUUCGUGAUUGAUCCUAACUACAAAACAUCCCAUGAUGAUGAUGAUCUGGAUUAUUAUGUUCCUGUCCGACUAAGUUGGAACAUUAACAGUAAGUAUUUCGACAUAUUUAAAACACAUGUUAUGCCAACCACAUCUAGCAGCUUCGAAUGCGACAACUAUGAUGGUGUUGCUUUAAAUUCCUCUCUAGAUCGGAUAUCCAGAUGUGUCUGCCAUCACGGAUUUCGAGGGAGUGCGUCCAUUCAGGACGGGUGUCAAGAUAUUAAUGAAUGCAUUGAGGGAACAGUGUUGUGCCCUGGAGGCUCUACUUGCGUGAACACUGUCGGGGGCUAUCACUGUAGUUAUAAACGCAAGACCAUCUUUAUAGGUGUGGGGAGUACAUGGAUACUAUACAUAUUCAUAAAGAAAAGAAAAGAAAUUAAACGCAAGAAAGCAUUUUUCAAACGAAAUGGUGGCCUUUUGUUGGAACAACAGAUACACUCAAGUGAAAACAAUGUCGAGCAAACGAAGUUGUUCAAGUCAAAAGAGUUAGAGAAGGCAACUGAUAAUUUCAAUAUAGACAGAGUUUUUGGGCAAGGAGGCCAAGGCACUGUGUACAAAGGAAUGUUGAAAGAUGGAAAGAUUGUUGCUGUAAAGAAGUCUAAAAUAAUUGAUGAAGCCAAACUCUCUGAAUUCAUCAAUGAAGUUGUCAUUCUUACACAAAUCAAACAUAGAAAUGUUGUCAGGCUAUUGGGAUGUUGUCUGGAGACAGAUGUUCCACUUCUAGUUUAUGAAUUCAUCCCAAACGGAACACUUUCUGAGUAUAUUCAUGACAAAAAUGCAGAGUUUCCUUUCACAUGGAACAUGAGAUUACGAAUUGCAACUGAAGUUGCAGGAGCUCUUUCAUACUUACACUCAGCAGCUUCUUUUCCAAUUUAUCAUCGAGAUGUCAAGUCUACGAACAUACUCCUUGAUGAAAAACUCACAGCAAAAGUUGCAGACUUUGGUACAUCAAGAACUAUCUCCUUAGAGCAAACUCACCUGACCACUUUAGUUUAUGGCACAUUUGGCUAUCUAGAUCCAGAAUACUUUCAGUCUAACCAAUUCACAGAUAAGAGUGAUGUUUAUAGUUUUGGAGUGGUUCUUGUCGAGCUCUUGACCGGACAAAAAGCAAUAUCUGCAACAAGGUCAGAGGAGGAAGGAAGAAGUUUGGCAACAUAUUUCAUGAUGACAAUGGAGGAAAAGAGCAGUAGUUUGUUCGACAUUCUUGAUGGUCAAGUUCUCAAAGAUGCGCCAAAAGAAGAGAUCUUAAUUGUUGUUGAUCUUGCAAAGAGAUGCUUACAUUUGAAUGGAAGGAAUCGACCUACCAUGAAAGAAGUAGCAAAGGAGCUAGAGAGGAUUCAAGGCAUUGAUAAUAAAGAUUCCAAUGGUAUUCAACAUAAUUAUGAAGAUUUAGCAUAUGCACAACCUGAAAUUGCAGACUACUCUUGGAAUGUUUCCACAUCGUCAAUAGGGUUAACUUUUGAUAGUGCUGCUACUAGCUUCUCGUUGCAUCAAGAAUUACCAUUGUUGUAAGGGUGAACAAAUAGUAAUAUCCUUUUUGUACGUAGAACUCUUCACUUAUUUUUUUCUAUCUCGAAUUUAGAGAUCAAUUAUACAUUGUGGUUUACUUUAUUGGAUAAUAUUGUUAACUUUGGUUUCAUCUGGUUGUAUAAGCAUUCAAUGCUUGGUACUUUUACUAUGUAAUAUAAUAUAGUAGUAUUCGUGUUUUUGUAUU